CAUAACCAUCUAAUCCUCUCUGCAGGGCGUCAGCGAUACAGUUCAAAGUGGUUUCAAUACCGCAGUCGCAGUCCCGAGUGACAUGGCAGCCGAGACGCUUACGCGAGGAGCGGGCGUCGUUCUCGAAGCCCUCGUUGAGAGCGUAGCGACAGGUGUCGUUGUCUCGGCGGGCAUCCUCGCUGCUCAAGGCACCCAGGUCCUAGCCGAGUCGUCCAUGGACUGGCCCAGGUCGUCACCGUCCAAUGGCUCAAAAAAGGCGGCGCCAGCGAGUAGUGGAAUCACAGUGCGAGCUCGUUGCAGCGAUUGCCAGCAGUCAUUUUCAACCGUGAUGGACAAGAACAUGCCAAGACAGUGCAACGCCUGUCAAUUCCAGCGUCUCAAUGAAAAGAAACAUGCGCUCGCACGGCAGCAAGAAGCGGAAGACCUCGCUCUCCUCCAUCUCGGCAUCUUCUGCGACGAGUGCUGCUCUGCGAUCCUUGGAACCCGCUACGCCUGCACGGAAUGCGAAGACUUUGAUCUGUGCCAAGAGUGCCACGACUCCAACCCAGAAGCUCAAAAGCACGCCGCUCAACACGCUUUUACACAGCUUGUUCCUGGGCAACUGACUAGCGAACUUGUGUUCUUCCACUACAACCUGGUACAGCACGAGCAGGUUUACUGCGACGGUUGCUGCAAGGAUGUAGCGGGUUCCCGUCGGCGGUGCACUGUGUGUCCCUAUUUUGACCUGGUGAGAGGACAGCAUUGCAGAACAAAAGGGCGAGGCCCAUCGCUUAUCUCACAGGGGAGCAGUGCCACGAAUGCUUUCAUGGAAAAAUCGGGCUGGAGCACCCCCAGGAUCAUAUCUUUGAGCAUAUUGCGCUACCGUGACGCGGAGCCAGUCUCGACUCUCGACUGGUGAGGCGACGCUUCAUACCCCGCCAACACUAGACAAUUUUAAUUGCAAUUCUGGGUGUCCGUGUGUUCCUCUUAAAGUUGGCCCUCCCUUCUGUGCGCA